CAAACAUGGCCGCCGGUCUUCAAGAGAUUUACCCGCAUAAAAAUGACGAGUUUUCACCCAAUUCUAACCCAUAAAUAUGCUCAAAAUAGACUUCGGUCAGAGCCUGAAUGACCAUAGGGCAAUACUUAUUCUUGUCAAGCCUGUAGGAUAUAUCGGAGAGAAGACAUUUGGCAAUGCUUUCAAGGAAAUAUGUCAGUACAGCCACGCGCAGGUACCCAACACUACAAGAACACUGCAGUUGAAAUACGCUCAGCAAAUCUCUCCACAAUUCUUAGAAUGGAGCUCUUUUCACUCACACAGAAGAGUCUUAGGACUUAUUUGUGUGGCAAAGUGCACAGACCCAAGAGAGACAGAUAAAUUGGUUGGGAAGAUCAAUGAUUUGAAGUCGCAAUUUGAUUCAACUCUUCUGGACUCGAGGUGUUUUGUCUUGGGAUGUAAGAACGAUGACGAAGCUAAAGUACGGAAGAAUUUUAUUAUCAUAAGUGAAGAGAACAGUCAAGAGGAGAUAGAGAGGAAUAUGGCAGAAUUCGUUGCUUCUUUGUUUAAUGUGCUGGAAUCUAAGCGGAUAAGCAAACUAGCAGAGAAGCCCGAUAAGGUAGCCAUUAUCUAUGCUCCCGUGGAGCCAGACCCUUAUAAUGGUGGUGAGGACAGUAGAAGUUAUAAAAAAAAAUGUGUUGGUAGGAGCCGUAAAUACCUAGGGGAUUUAAGCAUGCUAACAGGCCUUCAUCAAGAUGCUUUAUGCCAAUAUUCUAUGGCGACCGAAUACUUACGGACAGUUAAUGACUUUUUAUGGCUUGCUGGAGCACUUGAAGGACAGUGUGCCUCGUCUGUAGCAGUGAACAGUUCUGGUGUCAAUAGAACAUCAAAGUUUUUAAUUUUACCUACGGAUUGUGCUGGGAAGACUGCUAAUGAUAUUACUAAUGGAUUUGGUAAUGAUUUUGAUGAUACAAAGUUUAAAAAUGUCACACCAUUGCAGUAUGAAGAAAUUUAUGAUAGGCUAUCCGAAGCAGUAUUCUUGUAUGGACGUAUUAAUGGAGCAUCGGUAGUUGAAGUAGAAGCACAACUAAAGCUUGCAAGAAUUCUUCUUUCUCACAAGAAAAUAGUUGAAGCUAGUAUAACUUUACAGAAUGCUGUUUCAGUGAAUGUACCAAAUAUAUCUGACCAAGAAAAGAUUCAGCGAUACAGUUCUGCUGCUAAGUUGUAUUCUGAACUAGGCUUCCAUCGAAAGGCAGCAUUUUUCACGAGGGUUGCAGCCAUGCAGUGCGUGUCUCAAUCCCUUCCUUCACAAGCUUGGCCUGCAUCCUAUUCUCUAUUGUUACAAGCAAUCAAAGGCUACAAUAUUGUUCUGAACCCAGAUGAAUUUUUAAGAGGACAUCCAUAUGGUUGGCCUGCCUUGCAGAUCAGACUUCUUCAUGAGCUUGUCUUCACAGCACGCAGGCUAGGUGAUCCUGCUGUUGCUGUCAGACACAUGUCGUUUCUUCUUCACACGAUGCAUGAUCACCUUACUGAUAAUGAGAUGACUGAUUUGGCAGGUGGAUUAGAGGCCUUAGCAAAGCAGUGUGCUGGAUCUACUUCAUCUAAAUCACCAGUCAACAAUGAUAAGCUGUCAGCUGAAUUUUUCCCUUCUGUGGCAUUGUCAAAGAUGCCACUGGUUAGAUCCUUUAAAGUCCAUCCUUUGCCUGCUCAUCUUAAACCUGUGGGGAGAAAGAAAACCUCUGUUAGUGAAAAUGCCGCUCCAGGUCCAUUUAUAUUUUCAUCUUUAAGAAGAAAUCCAAAAGACCAGAAGAAAAAGCAUAAUACUCUAUGGGUUCAAGGAGAGUUAGGACAGGUAUCCAUGGAGAUCUACAACACUAUGCCAUUUGAACUUAAAGUUACAAAAAUGGUAUUAAACAUAGAAGGAGUAGAUUUUGAGCCUUUUCCUGCCUGCCUUUCGCUUCCACCAAAAACUGGUCCUCAUUCCGUGAUGUUACUUGGAAUUCCACACAGCAAAGGGACUUUAAGGAUAACAGGUUAUACAGUGAGUGUCUUGGGGACAGAAAGUACAUGUACUCUUACCAAGGACAACAUGCAAAUUAAGGAUGACUUUCCUGUGGUGGUAGAUGUAGUACCAUAUAUGCCACUCCUUCAAGUCAGUGCCUCACUACCCAAGGUGCGGUCAGCACCCACUGACUUAGACAUUCCUCAGUCUGCCCCUCUUGUCACUGCUGUUACUCUCUAUGCUGGACAGAGCAAAAAAGGGACAAUCACACUAGAAAAUGUUGGUGGCAGAGGCAUAGGAUCUAUUGUGAUUAACUUGGGCGAAGGUGCCAGGGACAUCUUCUUCUUCGAUGAGAAAGAGAUCAAUUCCUGUCUACCACUCCUUCCUGGAAGCUCUGCUGACAUUUCAGUCCAGAUCACUGGUAUCCACCAUGUCCCAUCAGGCAUUGGGAGCUCUGAUAACCUAAACUAUGACCCAGAGGCUCCCUGGGGCCUUAACGGUAUUAUCCAGUUUCGUUACCUUGGUGAACUAGACAAGCAACAUCUUUAUCGCAGGGUGUCCAUGACGAUUGAUGUGUCUGUUGUACCAAGUCUUCACUGUCACAAAUUUGAGCUUAGAGCAAUACCAAGUGAAGACCACCAUUGCUUAUUGUUGUUUGAUGCCGACAAUAAAACUUCUAAUGACAUGGAACUAGAAUACUCUGUUCAGCCAGAAACAGCUCUUAUAACCAAAGAUAUUGAUACAGCUGUUCUCUCUCGGCAAACACCAGAAGUGCUCAGUAUCCAGGGCAACGAUACAAAAAGAGUGAGCAUAUGUUUACAAAGGUUUCUUCUUCCCUUGGAGCCUGAAGAUAGUGUGUUAUCUGUGAAAGAAAGGAGACGACAGUAUUGCCAGGCUGUGAAAGACAUGGUUAAAUUAAAGUGGAAUUUACCUGCUUGUCAAGUCUCUGGUGUUGGUAAUAUUGAUGGCUUUAGAUUGGAUGCCAACACGCUUCAAGUCCUUAAACCAGAAUCAAUCGUUUUCGACGUUACAGUAAACAAUGAAGGGUACAGCCAAGAAAAGGGGUUAUCUGUGCCUCUAUGUACCACAGUGACAGUCAACGUCAAAGUCACAAAUAAUGCGGAUCUAACAUACAGUCGGAUUCUGCUGUCUUUUGAACCGUACCAGGAUCACUCGAACGGCUACAGGGCGUAUGAACUGAACGGUAAAGUGGCCUGGUUAGGAGACCUGAGCAACCGCGCCGACAGCCUUUCUCCCGGUGAAUCUCUACAACAUUCUUGUUCCUUCGCGUUCUUCUACACCGGGGAUUUUUUUGUUCAAAUCAGUUGUGGUGCAACUGACUCCCAUCCAGCCACUCCUCUGACCAGGUCGCCUCGUGUUAGCCAAGAUAAAACAAUGGAGAAAGACACAAACCCCAAUACUCAUUGUUGGACGCUUUCUCCUCCAUUGAAGAUAACAGUCGUGUCCUGAACCGAAGUCAAGAUAAAUCUCUUGAAAAUGCUGGGAUGAACAUAUAAUGAUCCAGACAAACGGUCAAGGCUGGGUGUGGAUAUAAGGGUAUAAAGUAUGAAUGGAACACAUUGGGCUGUGAAAAAAAACUUGGAACAAAAUUCUUUGCCCGGGAUACCUUUAUCAACACAAGCAAAACAGAGAUACCUUAACAGACAAGCACGUGAUUGAUGGGCUUGUUAGCCUCGACUUCACGUCGAUAACAACAAGCACUGAUAUAUAUCUAACGAUAGGAGUACCCGCAUUUGGUAUCUCAUGAUUUUAUUGGAAUCAUAAUAAACUACCUCGAUCCAGAUUUAAUUCGGUCAGCCGUGGACGCAAAAACUGGGGUCCAAGCAACUAAAUGACAAAACAUUUCUUUUUAUACCUGUUUUUUAAAUGUUAAUUUUGUCACAUAAAUGGUGAUAAAAUAACCUUUCUAAAAUGAAAUACAAAUAUACUGUAAUAAUUUAGAGUUUAAUUUGAAUUUUCUAGCGAAAUUACCAAUUGACUAGUGGUUUUCUUUUUUGGCGAAUUUUACCGUUUACCACUUCCUGUGGUUUUUCAUUUUCAUAUAUUUUCCCCACGAUACUUUUGACUUUCCAUUCUGGGAGCGGUUUGAUAACAGUACCAUUCAAGGUCAUUGUAAAUACAGUUGAUUGUCUUAUUGCCCAAGUUCCUAGGAGGUAAACAUUCUGUCGCUCGUUUCUCGCUUCCAGAAAAAGUUUUUUUUUUUUGGAAACGAGAAAAUAGCGACAGAAUUGUACUUCUGGGUUCCCGAGGAUGAGCUUCUUUUAAGGCCGGUUUGGACGGUACGAUUUUCGCCUACAACUAUCGUAUACAACACGCUCGCGCCAUCCUACAACUCGAGUCGUAGCGUGUAAAUCAAGCCUACAACUCGCCUACGACAGACAUGAGCGUGUUGUAUACGAUAGUUGCAGGCGAAAAUCGUACCGUCUAAACCGGCCUUUAGAUGAACUUCAACUUCUUUCACUAAUAUUUUAAGCAAUCUUUCUUUUUCUUAAUUUAGUUGAUUUUUGAGGAUGGGAUAAUUUUGGGGUAAAAGUGCUCCAUAUCACGGAAGAAAUUUCGUAUUUUCUCGAUUUCGACUAGGGAAAGGGAAAUUCCGUAUAUCUUAUUUGAAUUUUGCCACAAGUCUUUCUAUAUAUUGUUCAAUAAGACAAUAUUAUCAACUAAUAAAAUUUCUUUACUUUUAAAA